AUGGCAUUCUUACAGGGCAAACUACAACUCCUUUCCCAGAACGUGGUGAGCCCCAAACCACGACUCCGACUGGCCGCCUUGGCCAUCGUGAUCGUCUUGAUCCUGUGCACCCAGAGACGCCCAGAAUUUGGCUUCACAUUGCCGGUUGCGGCGCCGCCGCCUAGCACAAAACCAGCGUCCUCCACAACGAAGCAUUUAUCCACCACGGACAUUAAUCGAGUUACAAACAAUACCUUGGGAUUUUCCAAGAUCUUCGCGCUCGGCCUGCCGGAUCGUAGCGAUAAGCGGGAUGCGGUUGCUUUGUCGAGCGCCUUGACUGGCUUCCAUGUCCAGUGGGUUGAUGGAGUCAGGGGAGAGUCAGUCCCGGAUAAGGCGAUCCCCUUUGGGACGGAUCGGCAAAGAUAUGGACAAAACGAGCUGGGUUGUUGGAGGGCGCACAUGAAUGCGGCUCGAAUGAUUGUCGAAGAGAAUCUCGAAUCGGCCCUGAUCAUGGAGGACGACGUGGACCGGGACGUCAGGCUCAAGACCCAACUUGAGCAGAUUGCAACGGGAACUCGCACCUUGCUCGGCACGAGUUCUUCGAGCCCGAGUUCCCCUUACGGCGACGACUGGGACGUUUUGUGGAUGGGCCACUGCGGCGAGCCGUUCCCCGAGCUGCUACCAGAAAACGUGGGCAAGCCCGCCGACCACCCUGGCAUACAAUAUAUGAAACAAAAGUUUGUGAUCGAAAAUGACGUGACGGUGCCGCCGCCAGACAAGGUGACCGGCCUACUCGACUUCAAAGCCAACCCCUACACACGCUGGGUCCACAUUGGAGCAGCGCCCAUAUGCACCUUUGCAUACGCGCUGUCACAGAGGGGCGCCCGGAAGGUCUUGUACGACUUGUCAGUAGACCACCUUUCGGGACCCAUUGACAAUGCUCUCGCGGAUCUCUGUCGGCGCUCCGUCUCUGCCGUGGGGGAGGAGCCGGGGGGCGAUGAUGGGUUGCAGACUAAGUGCAUCAGCGUCAAUCCACCUCUCUUCUUUUCCCACAGGAGAAAGGGGCCGAUACACGGGGAUAGUGAUAUCCAUAAUAUAGUGACUGAUGAGGUGAGGGAUAAGGGUUUCACUGAGAAUAUUAUGUGGAGCGCGAGGAAUAAUAUCAGGAAUAUGAUCAUGGGAUCGGAGAUGGAGAAUCAGUUCUAA